GGGGUCUAUUCUCAACCAAAAUGUAAAUGCUUGCUAUUUGAAACUAAAUAUGAACUGUUUGUGUUCUUAAAGUGUGCUAUCUUUUUGAAUUUUCAAUGCGUGUUUUAGUUUUGUCCCUGUAAAAUUAGCUUGUGAUGAUUUUUUAGCAUAUGCACAUUCAAGUGGAUUUACAGGGCUGAAAAUCAGCACAUUCAGACGGAUUCACAGUGGUAAAAGUUAGCAAAUUCAGGUGGAUUUACUAAGCUGAAAAUCAGCACAUUCAGGUGGAUUUAAAGCACUGAAAAGCAGCACAUUUAGUUUGUAGUGCAGUGCUGUCAAAUGGGGACGUCUGGCUUUUUUUACGGCAGUGAAAUCAGCUCAUUUGGGUGGAUCUACGGUGUUGAAGAUCAGCAUACCACCAUUUGCAGUGCUGAAAAUCAGCACAUUUGGCCGACUUCACAGUGCUGAAAUCAGAACAUUCAGGUGGUGCUAUAAGCCAAGUUUCUUUGUCAGAAUAGUAUGCCUCUUUACUCUAUGUUUUUCAAGAACAUACGAACUUGCCCAGAUUAAAAUUCAGUUAUCAAAAUGAUACAGCGGGGAAAUUGUUAUAUGGGAUCCGCAUCAUUUUCUUCCAAUCAAAAUUCUCUCUCUUUUUAUCUAAACCCUUUUCAAGUCCUCCUCAAUUUACAGAUUUUCUUUUCAUCCAUGUUGAAUUUUAUCUUAACCAUAAAUGAACCUUAACCUAGUUUGCAUCAUAAAUGAAAAAGACACUAGUGAGUCAUCAUAAUUAAAGUGCUGCAAAUCCUUUGUCAUCAAUCAGUCUCAAGGCUCAAGCCAAACACAUACUGAUUUGAAAUUUGUAAAUAUUAACUUGGUCAUUGGCUUUCAUUCACGUUGUAUACACUCAUAUUUUUAUUAGCCCUUUCUGAAAAGACCCAGCAUAAUAAAAGUUUGACUUUGAGUCUUGAAUGAUCUUGAGUUUUAAAAUUAAGUCCCUAAUUCUCCAUAAUUUACAAAAAAAUUGAGUCCUUUUAAUUAGUCGAGUUCUUAAAAAAUAAAUAAAUAAAUUUGAAAUUGAGUUUUGUAAUUUUCCAAAAAAAGAGUUUCUAAAAAUCCUUUUAGAGAAAUUAAGUCUUCCUGAUUCUUGUUUAGAAUCCUAGCAUAAAUCCUUUUAGUUGCAAAAUUAAUCUCCUUUAGUUGAGACCCUCGUAAUUAUCUUUGUUAGGCUAGGUAUCACGUUAAGUUGAGUCCAUAGAUCUAGUCGUGAAAUUAAUUUCUUUGAAUUUUUUUUUGUUGAAUUCCUUUUUAUCAAGUCCAAGAAUAUUUUAAAAAAAUUUAGUUUUUCUAAUUAAAUCUUUCAAUUGGGUCCUUUAAUUUUAAAAAUCGGGUAAUUGUUUGGGGUGUUAAGGUCAUGUUUUAAUUAAUUGUGGUUUUCUUGGGUCAAAGUAGGUCAACUAGGAAAUUGGGAUUUUGUUGGUCAAAAUUAAAAAAAAUCAACACCUUGCAACUCAGUACAAAGGAGAUACCAAAAUAUAGAGAAAAUACAUGCAAUAAAAAUAUGGAAAAGUGAAAGUACAGGAAGUAAAACUCCUACCAGUUAUAAAGAGUGGGUGGAGAGCAGGCAACUCGGGAGUAUAUACAUUCAGGAAAUACAUUGAAAAUAAAUUAAAAAAAAAUUAGAGAAAAGCAAAAGGCCUCCACCCCUAAGGCGCCACCUGGCUUCAAAAUAUUUCAAACGAUAUUUUAAACAUUAAAACACUUAAAUGAAAACUUUUAAAACUUUUCUCAUUUUAGGUUCUUGAGUUUUCAUAUUUUGUCCUUGAAUUGAGUCCAUCUUUUUUUCAAACUUUCAUAUUCUUUGAGCUUUCUCGCUUUACCUUUCUUUAACUCUUUUGACUUUAAUAUGCCUUGACUUUCAACAACUCAUUCAUGUCCUCAUAUUUUUUAAGGUUUAAUAUAUCAUCUUUAAAUCCAUGCUUUGACUCAUUUAAACUUCAUUUGAUCCUUGUGAGCACCUUCACCUUACUUUCUCAUAUGUGAGCCCUGAAAUAACAUUACUCAUACAAAUACAUUAUUUCACUUAUUUGUUAGCAUCAAAAUAAGAUAACAAGAUUUUAAACCUUAUAAGGCUAACAGUAAUAACCCUUGUAAACUUUAAUUAAAUAGUAUUAGAAGUCAUUGAAGUCCUAAUGAAGAAGUAAAAAUGUAUCCCUCAUGGUUUUCUCUUAUUGCCUAAACUUUAGAUUCAACCUUUUAGCAUAUCUAUUCUAUUUGAAGAUAUUUUAGGAAAAAAACUUAUUUAUAUCACUUAUCUCUUAUAAUAAGGUAAUAUUUGAGAAUAUUAAUUUGAAGUUUUAAAUUUAAAUUUAUAAAAAAGUAUAUAUAAUUUUAUAUUAUAUUUAAUUAAAAUUUAUAUAAAUUUAAAUAUAAUACAUGAAAUCGAUGCUCCCAACUUAAAAUAAAUUUUUUUUGAAUUAAUUAAAAUAUUUAAAUUCAUACAAAUUUAAAUCCAUCUGACGCAAAUGGUAGUUGGUGGGCCUUGCAAAACUUUUUUGCCUCUCGCUGCUAUCGUGUUCAUCUCGUUUAUUUGUCUUUCCUUGACACGCUACGGCCGGAAUUUUGCCGCUGAAGUAAAACAAAGAGAUGGUGUUGGAGGCAAGGAGUUUGAGAAAGGCUACAGUCCCCGCCUCUCUCAUUGACAAUCCCUCCCCUGCUAGCCUCCAGGCUACUCGCCUCGCCCUCCAUGUUAAUCGCAAUGAUGCUUCUUGUGUGGUAUACAUCGCUUCGUGGUGCUCCGUCUACAGAGUUCAGAUGUCGCUGGAAGAUUCUUUAGUUAACAGGGGAAAAGAAAGCCUCCUGAUUCCUGUGCAUGCGCAGGUUUGGGACGCCUCUUUGGUUCAUCGCUGUCCUCAUCGUUCGGAAAUUCAGAGCAUAGCGCUUGCUGAAACCGAGAGUGCAGGUUUCUUAGUUUUGGGGAGUGUGGAUUCUUAUGGUCACCUUAUUGUGUCUAAACUGGAUGCCAGUGGUAAAGAUGUUGGCAAGCUCACUUUUUCUGCAUUGCCUCGUGAUUGCGGCAUUGGUGAGGGUGGUUGGGCAGGGCUUUGUUUCAGUCGAAGUCAGUGGUCUAUGGCAGUUGUGGCACGUAGCUUCUGUAAAAGCCUUGAUGUUUAUGACCAAGAUAUUCAUCUUCGGACUUUACGUACAUUGUGGUAUCCGUGUUCAUUGAGCUUCAUAUGUGGUCGGAAUGAGAGCUCAGUGUUGGCUGUCACUGAAGGCUGCCAACUGAGCAUAUGGGACUUGAGAAUGAAAGAAAAUGGUGGUUGUGUUCAUCGAAUUUAUGGUUCACCUGGAGAUAUCUUUUAUGCUGUCUGCUGUUCUUCUACUGGUAAUAUUGCUGUGGGAGGAGCUGAUCGUACUGUGACCAUUUAUGAUCCUCGCAGAUGGUCAGCAUUAUCAAGAUGGGUACACUGCUCGAAAUAUGAGAUAACUGGACUUGCUUUCUCAACAACAGAUCCUGAUUAUAUCUAUAUACAAGGGGUUGACUAUGAGGUCUAUUGCGGACAAUGGAAAGAAAGAAAGAAAAUAUUUUCAUUUAGAGGCGACUCAAACUGGCUUGGAUUCAAUAAGUGCCCGAGGGAUGAUGUUUUGGGCGGGUGGUGUGAUUCAGGUAGCAUCUUCGUGGUUGAUGUUGCAGCUAAGGAAAACAAAUUAAAUUUGCUGGGUGGCUAAUAUAUUCCCUGCCAAACCCAAGUUUUAUGCAUCUCUAUGGAAUUGUUUCAUUCUUGUUAAGUGGAAAUAUGUAUCAACUCAGUAUGUCCAUAGUGGUUAGGAACGGGAGGAAAAAGCAGCCAUGGUUCAUCUCCUGGAAUUACAAUUGGUUUUUAAGUUGGUUCGUAUAGAUGCGGUGGAAUCUCGUUUGUGUUGCC